AUGGCUUUUCAGAGCAGCGUUCUUAGAGAUGGCGAGUGGGUGACGCAGACCGUUAACUUUCAAGAUGCUUUGAACGCCUCCUCGACCACGCCCAAAGCUGCCUCAGAUUCAAGUCUCAAGGCACCUGAGUGUGGAAUACUCUCUAGGACUGUCAUUGAGAGCCCUGUCGUUCAUUGGAUCCUCCCAGCUUGCUUACGAUCGCGCUCUCACAACGAUAUCGCAUUCAUUGGCGAUCGCUUCGUCCAAAUCAGCGAACUCCGCGAUGACGGACAAGUGCAUGAGGUUAUACGAAAAGCUGACUUUGGUACACGAAUCCGAAAUGCGAUAGUUCUGGGAGGUCCGCCCAAGGGAGACAUCCCUGACGCAGCCGCUGCUUCAACCAAGACCGAAGGCGCUGAUGUUCCUAUGAAAGAUGUCGCAGAGGCGAGCGAAGCCAAAGAAGCCAAAGAAGCCAAAGAAGCCAAAGAAGCCAAAGAAGCCAAAGAAGCCAAAGAAGCCAAAGAAGCCAAAGAAGCCAAAGAAGCCAAAGAAACCAAACAAGCCAGCGAAGGCGAAGAAGGAAAAGGGGCCAAAGAGGCCAAAGAAAAGCGUGCACUACCACCACAGCUACUGGUCCUAAUGCUCGAGACUGGUGAUGCCGUUUUCCUCUUCAUUCAAGAGCUUUUCGAUGGGACACUGCGCUUUGAAACCACCACGUUUGAGAGCCCCAGAAAUCUACAGUUCUUGGGGUAUCACCUGUCCAUUGACCCCUCGUCGCGAUAUAUGUCUGCUGGAUCCGCUGAAGGUGGAUUCAUUGUCUACGAGCUAGAGUCGCUGUCCCAUAUGAAAUCUCAAUAUGAGGACGGCGGAUCCUUGAAGCCUGUCAAGUCUACCCGCGUUCGAAUAACGCAGGGCGUCAUACACAAAAUGGAGUUCUUAUAUCCACGACCGGAAGACGAUUACCAUAUCAUUCUCCUGUUGAUCAUUGUUAGACGCGAAGUGAGUAAGCAGGCUCACGUGUCUCGCAUGGUCGUCUACGACUGGGAGCUUGGCGACGAACUUACCGCAGUAUUUCGGUCAGAGAAAGGGACACCACUGCCAAAAGAGCACCGAAUGCCUCUCAUGAUCAUUCCCCUCAAAGUCAAUACUGCCUUCUUGGCAGUUUCAGAACACUCGAUUGGCAUAGUAAAGAACGCAUUCACAGGGCAGACGUCGUUCGAUACCUUGGAAACACACUCCCCUCAACAGACUAAGUUGCAUCAUGGAGCUGCCGAACCGCUCUGGACCACCUGGGCGCGACCCUUUAGGAUUAACAUAUACCUGGAGAAGAUGGAUGUCAUUUAUCUGGCUCGCGAAGAUGGCGUUAUUGCACAUAUUGAGAUCGAUUCGCGAGAUCUAGUUCCAACAGUUAUGACUCUCGGAACCAUCAGCGCCAAUAUCACAACCGCUUUCACUACAGCUUAUGAUGUCUUCUCGGAUGUUUUGAUAACUGGCGGCGACUCUGGUCCAGGUGGAAUCUGGAAGGUGCUUAUCCCUCGCAAAGAUCCCCAACAAGUCAGCAUCAUUCCCAAUUGGUCUCCUGUGGUCGAUUUGGUCACGACAGAUAACAAUCUCUCCUGGAGGAGUGAUAGCAGGAGGAAAGAUCUUUCGACGAAACGCAAGGUAUCAUCAAACUCAAGACCGAAGUCGGAUCGCAUCUUCUGCACGUCCGGCCGUGGGCCCCGGUCGAGUUUGACAGAAUUGAGAUGGGGCAUUCAGGCACGGAUUGGCCUUGAGUUCGACCAUGACCAACAUGUCCGUCAGUCCUGGAUGUUCCCAGUUGAGGCCCAAGGAGAGCGAAGCUUCUAUGUAAUUUUGUCACUGCCGCAUUCUACUGAUGUCCUUCACUUCCCCGCUGAUCUCAGCAAUGCGAAUGCUCUGUCGCCAGAGGCCUGUCCGUUCGAUACAUCGUCGCGAACAAUCUCGGCAUGUCAGACAGAACAGACCGUGAUAAUUCAAGUCAGUGAGACCUCCACGUGUCUUGUUACACCUACACAGAGCUCACGAUACAAUCAUGGUGAAGUCUGUGAAAACCCUCUAUUGCUAGCUGAACAUGCGUGCUGCACAGAUGAUAUCGUAGUGAUAUCCUCAAAUGGUGCAAGCGCUUCCCAACUUGAUGUAUUGCUGGUUGACCAAAUGAAUCUGACGCACUCAACGUCCAUUAAUGCCAAAGGAGAAAUAACUUGCAUUGGUCUUUUCAAGACGUCAGCACAGACCUACAUCAUUGCAGGUUCUGUUACGGAAGGGUUGCCACUCUUAACUAUAUACUCGCUGGCUGGCCUUGAAAUUAGCAGCAACGCCCCUCAGCCAGACCUUGUUACUCCUGACCAAAAAGGCCACUCUCAUAUGGAGGCAUAUACAAGUGUGUUAGCCAUCCAUGAUACCGCUGAGGAGGUCAUCUUGGUGCUUGGCACGAGAAGCGGUCAUCUUGUGACGAUCCUGAUAGCAGGAGAGGAUAUUGCGCAUUACUCACAUUCAAUUGAACAGAUUGGCAUUUCACCAACCAAUGUAUUCCCGGCAUCUAGCCUCUUUGGUGGAAAGCAGGCCUUUUUCACAUGCUGUGACAACAUCCUAUCCAUUAUGACGGACUUUUCACCAAAGGGUAGUAGAUUCAAGACCAAGACCCGAAUCUGGGCAACCGACUCGAACGAACCUUCAAUGUCAUCACCCCCCGUUCAUGCAGCCUUUGGCCUUCAAGGCAGCCUUUCUGGAUACGAACGCCAUAUGUCCCUGAUGUUACUAUCUGGGACACGAGUUCUUCUCGUUGAUAUAUGGCCGCAUGUUGGACCUGUUCCUCGCAACAUUCUUCUCGGCGGAACACCGAUGCGCGUCAUCUAUUCUCAGACCUGGAAGGUCUUGGUGGUUGCACACUUGAAGGAGGAUCGCCCGACACUCUCCUUUAUCGAUCCCGAAAGUGGUGCGAAUGUCGCAACGGCAGCGAACAAGGAUAAGCAGCCGUCCGAUUAUAUUUCCGGCCUAGGACAUCUAGGCGACAGGAUAUUUGGUCUCUAUGAGUGGACCUAUGUCAAAGAUGGGAAACAUUUUCCGUUCAUCAUCGUAACCACUCAACAUGGUCGACUGAUGAUUGUGUCUGUGACAGCGGUCAAGCCUGAGAGCGACGAUUGCCCGACAAGAAAACUGCAGUUCUGGACCCGAUAUAAGAAGAAGGGCUUCGCCGAGCCUAUUUACACAGUCGUUGGAGACGAUGUGGGUCUUCUAUUUUGUGUUGGAAAGGUUCUUCACUGGGAAGUCCUGGACCUCGCGGAGAAAAAGCUCAAACCUAUGAAGCAGUUCAGGCUGGAUUCUCCAGCCACAACCCUGCGUGUGGAAGGCACAAAAGUCUGCGUCUUGACUGCCCAACACUCCCUUCAGGUCAUUGACCUGAACGUGGAAUCGGAAAGCAGUGACCCUUCUAUUAUUCACAGCGACCGAGUGACUCGGUUUACGGGACAUGUGAUAGAGAUGGGAGACUCUGAAGAAGAGCCAGGUAAGUGGCCAGUGAGUCUUAUAUCCACGGCACAAGCAGGGUUUGCAGGAGUUUGGAUCCCAUGGAGUCAACGUCAUAAAGAGUUCGAGGUUGUCGUCGCAGGGCUUUUGCCGACAUCUAUCAGGAGAUUCCGCAAGGGGCACACUCGACCUUUCUGGUCGGCUGUUGACCGCCAAAAACGAUACAAUACUUUGUUUAGUACAGCGGAUCAGGCAGACAUACUGGGAGUGUCUAUUGAUGGUUCACUACACCAAUUUUCAUUGAUAGGUUUAGAUCUUUGGCGGUUCCUCAGGUUGAUACAGAACUUGGCAUACCAGGACAAGGAGAUUUGCCCCUUCGUCCGGAACAGUUGCUCGUCCGGGGCCAGCGAUCCGGGGAUGGAUCUGGAUCCAGAGCUCGAGCCCCGGCGUGCCCAGGAGAUGAUGCAUGUCGAUGGUGACUUAUUGCAACGUUGCCUUGAUAUGAGUGCGCUGGAAAAGCUGGUGUUGAUUGGGGACGGGAUUGAUUUGUUUUGCGAGUAUUUGGACGGGAUUGACGAUGGCAUAUAUACCGAAGGUUUCCGGGAGACUGGCUCUCAAGGACGAAAGAAGUACAUUGAGCUGGGCUAUGAGAUUCUCGAGUAUGUUCUUGCUCUAGCAAUCUGA